AUGGGGAUCCUAGGUACCUCUCGACUGGCUAUCCCAACGGCGCCGUUUCUCUGGUUCCGUCGCGGGACCUGGUGGAUGGCUACCGAAGUGCGUCAGAUAUGGCAACGGAUGAUAGGUCUCGAUAUAGUGGGGUAUGUUGAUUUCUCACCCUCGUCGCAAUAUCUCACGGUUGUUGACGAGUGCAAUGCCUUGCAGCAUUCCGCUGCAAUUCCUCAGAUGAAUGCGCCUUCUAUCGACACCCACGAUCCGGUAUUGUUGCAUCUGUUAACCGAAACCGCGAUCGGAGACAGCGCCGGCUACGAAAUCCUCCCCUUCGAAGAAGUUGAAGACCUGAAACGCGAAUAUGCUACUUUGUCGAGCCGGGUCGAAAGUACGAAGCGAAAACUUGCAUUGGAAACCAAGCUCAGAGACGCCGCGCAAUCUCUACGCCGCCUUUCGAGCUUGAAGAGCAACGGAUAUACGAACGGCGUGACGAACGGCGAUACGAACGGCGUAGCGCAUCAUCCCGAAGAUGAGGAAUAUACUGUCAGUUCUCGAAAAUGCGAAGAGCUUUCUCAGGAACUAUGGGCUUUGGAAAGGAGAGCGCAAGAUGUUCACAAACGCCUUCUAGAACACACGGCCGGGAUACUUCAGUUAACACAUCGUGGAUUGAAGAAGAAUGCCAACCGCGGCAGCAUAAAUAACGGCCUUAAUGGUACUACAUUCGAAUUUGACGAUCGAAGUCUCUAUAGAGAAUUGGAGACGGAUGAUGCGGGUUUGCGAUCAUACAGCGGAGUCAGUGGAUUGACGGCAGACGUUGACACUCUCCGAAAUACUGAACAAAAAUUAGAGGAGCUUAAUGGACGACUACGCGAUUUACUGCUUGAAAACCACAGCACCCAUGAUAUAGGACCACUGCCGCUUAGAGUCACUCAGGAUACUUCCUUGACGUUUGUCCAAGAUCACCUUUCAUACCUGGAAAGAAGCUUGGACACUCUCCAAACCGAAGGGAUUCGGAGGGGCGAAGGCGAACCGGAGCUUUCUGCUACCGAAAUGGGUUCUGAGCUUAGUGCCAUCAACAGUCGCUUACAGACUUUACUGGGACAAGCCGGCUCUCACCUAUCGCCUACGCUGCCGCCGCCGCCUAGUCCGACUGGCGAAUUUCUCAGCAGUCAUAUAGAUUAUCUAAAGUCUGGAAUGUCGGAUCUGCAGAACAGAGUUGCGGGCUUACAAGACCAAAAGAGUAUUUUGACUACGCAGAUUCAGCAACAAAGGGAACUGAAUUCCAAAUCGGAUGCUGAAAAGGACGCUCACGUCGCGGACUUGGCGCAACAGAUCGUGGAGACAAGGAAACAGUAUGAACUUUCUGAGCGCGAGUUGGAAGCCGUCAGAGAUGAGCUGGCUUUGGUGAUGGAGCAGCUUGAUUCAGUCAGACAACAGGAGAAUAUUCAAGACCAACAAAGAGAGCGCGGGCAAAUAGCAGCAUUCGAAAACGAGAAGGAAGCUCGAUCCAAGGCAGAAGCAGAAGUUCAACACCUCCAGGAGAAACUGAAUCAUCUCGAGGGAGAAUAUGCACGCGAGCAGGCCGAAGCGUUGGAGCUUGAGAGAGAGGCACGAUCGAGAGCAGAAACAGAAGUCCAACGUCUUCAGGGUGAAGUCGCCCAACUUGAAGGGGGUUCUACACGCGCACAGACUGCGGAGGCAGAAGUCCAACGUCUUCAGGCAGAAUUGAACGAACUUGAAGCGGAGUACGCACGUGCACAGGGUGCAGAAACGGAAGCCCAGCGGCUUCAACAAGAAUUGAACGACCUUGAAACUGAAUUUGCUCGCGCGCAGACUGAGUUGACUGUAGUCAAAGCCGAGCUUGAUGGUGCAUAUGGUACUCGUGCAGAGCGUGCAGCCGAAGCUGCGGCCAGCCCAGCUUUAUACAAAGAAAUAGAAGACCUCAACACUAAGAACAUCAGCCUUGCAGAGGAGCUAGCAGCCCUGCGAGCCGAGCAAGUCAAUAAUGGAGCGGGCCAAGGCGAGCUUCAGAAGCGUGUCGAGACACUGCAGAAGGAACUCGAAGAAACGAUCGAAGAUUACGAAGCAAUGACCAAAGCAAGCAUUGAGUUUGAGAAGGAGCGCGAACGAUACGAAGGCGCGAUUGAUAAUAUGCGCGAUCGCAUUGAGCAGUUGGAAGCACAGCUCAGUGAUGAACGCAUCACAUGGUUGGGUGUGAGCCAAACGGCCAUGAGGGACGGAGCUACAGAAACCACAUCGACAAUGGUACUGAAGAAUGAGUUCAAGAAGAUGAUGCGGGAUACGAGAGCAGAAAAUAUGAAACUCCUCAGGGAACUCCUCCAGGCCGAACAAGAAGAACGAAAAAGACUCGAAGCGCUGGUUCGCAGUCUCAAAAUGGAACAAACAAUUGGCAAACCAACCCUCAACCAGAGCAUGGUCACCUAG